UAACACAAAAAAAAUUGAGCAUUUACAUUUCCUUUUGUAUUAACGGUUGAUUGUAUUGUAAUUUUAUAGUUUUCCUUCUGAAAAUUUGAUUUCUAUAAUCUUAAGCGAUUUACUAUUGCGAAUAACUAACCAGUAAGAGGCAAGAUUUUUCCGAGUGAGAAGAAGAAGUCAUGUGUUCUUGACAGCUGCAAUUUUGACAACUCGAUAACACAAAAAAAAUUGUGCAUUUCGUUUUGAUGGUUGAUUGUGUUGUAAUUUUGUAGUUUUCUUUCAGAAAAUUUAAUUUACAUAUAAUGAUCAAUUAUUUCUAAACGCAUUACUAAGAUUAUACGCUUCAAUCGACCGAAAAUGAAGGUACAGAUAUUUUUCAUAGUGAUCGCAUUAUGCCUGAAAUGUUGCCAGCUAUACAGAAAUUUCAACAUCGACGACCAAUGCCCGCAGAUCUACAAGAAAGUCUUCACCGGUCAUACACCCCGAGGCAAUUUGAGUGCAGGUAUUUUCAACGAGGUGCCCGGCGCAUCGAAACUGAAAACCUGCGUGCUGGAAUGUUGUUUGAAGGAAAAAUGCAAUGUGGCUUUUAUGCUCAGCACGAAAUGCUAUCACAUCGAUUGCCACACCAACGAGCUCUGUCUACCCACUAUCAACCCUAACACGAACAACUCCGACGAACUUUCAUUGGUCCUAGUAAAACCAGUCGAUUUGCGGAGCUGGGACGAGGUGUUACUUCAAGAAGGUUUGCUGCCGAGGCCGGAAGAUAAGGCCAUUUUGAAUUUUUUAAGCGACCGAAAACGUUUCAAGAACGUCCUUAGGAAUAUCGUAAACAACCAACAAUCGGGCGAAGAUUCCAACUGCGAAGUGGGCGUCGGGGGGUACUGUUCGAUGAACGAAAUAUGCAUGCCUAUAUAUCCCAAUUCGAGAUCGGGCAUGUGCGGUUGCUUGGAGGGUUUCUACCGCAACGAACGGGGCGAAUGUUACCCGAACCUCGACGAAACCACGCUCCCCGAAGGCGUCCCCAGUCUACUAUCCGAGCGAAUAAUAGACGUCAAUAACCAAUCUCGCCCGGUCACCCCGAAACCGAUCGCAGUCAAGGCGGAGUCGCGAGUAGUUCGUUUGCCCGUCAACGAAGUCAAACUCGAAGCCACUGUGCCUGGUAAAUCGGACGAAAAGUACCAAUAUGAGUGGAUCUCUCUGCACCAACCCGAAGGCAGUACGGCCGUCAAACACCAGAACGAAGGGCAAUUGCAUUUGGAGCAGCUCAUCGAAGGAGUCUAUUCGUUCAAAGUAGCAGCCUCCGCUCCGACAUCGUACGGUGAAACCUUCGUAAACGUCACAGUCCUACCGGCCAAUAGGAUCAACAAACCGCCCGUUAUCGUCAUAACUCCGGCCAAUCAGACCAUAAAACAGCCGAAUUCCGCCGCCGUUUUGGACGCCUCUUCGAGCACCGACGACGACGGGAUCGUCGCUUGGCAUUGGGAACUCCAACAGGGCCCCGUCGGUUACGAGCCACAGUUGAAGGACGCUCCGACGUUGCAGCUGAACGAUCUGACGAAACCCGGCAAUUACACGUUCAAAUUGACCGUAACCGAUAGCGAUAAGGAAACCAGCAGUCAAAUUGCCAAUAUAACAGUACUGGCCGGUACCGAUUACCCUCCCGAAGCCAACGCUGGAGAGGAUAAGAUCAUCUAUUUGCCUCACAAUUCCAUAACGUUGAACGGUAGCAUGAGCAUCGACGAUCACGCCAUAACGACGUGGGAAUGGACGAAAUCCGCCGACGAUGCGCAGAAGGCCGUCGACAUGCAAGACACUCGUACGCCUCUAUUGAAACUCUCCAAUUUAGAGCAGGGACUGUACACGUUCAUUCUCAAAGUCACCGAUAGCGCGAAUCAAUCCAGCACGGCCGAGGUGCACGUUUUCGUGAAACCGCCGACGAAUAAACCGCCGGUGGCGAACGCGGGCGUGAACGCGACGAUAAGCCUGCCGCAAACGUGGAUCGUAUUGGACGCUUCGAACAGCACCGACGACAAUAAAAUCAUGGCGUUCGCUUGGGAACAAUUAGAAGGACCGUCUUCGGUCGUUUUCGAACGUUCGAACGCCAGCAAAACGAACGUUACGGGCCUGACGAAGGGUUCGUACGCCUUCAAAGUGAGCGUGACCGACGACAACAGGAACGUGGCCAGCGAUAAGGUUUACGUGACCGUCGAUCAGAACAAAAACCAACGCCCCACCGCCGACGCCGGCCCCGACAUCACCGUCCAACUACCCCGCAACGCCAUCACCCUAAACGGCUCCAACUCCAAAGACGACUGGGCGGUAGUGAAAUGGAAAUGGCGACGCGACGACGCCUCCCCCGCCUUCGCCCGCAUCGCCGAAACCACCGACGACACCCCCCUACUCAUCCUCGUCGAUCCCGCCCCCGGCAAAUACCUCUUCAACCUCACCGUCUUCGACGAACAAGGCCUCAGCGACACCGACUCCAUCACUGUCACAGUCCUCGACGAUCCCAUGCUCUACUACUCGUCGCGCAUCGUCGUCGACGUCGCGACGCCCACGCAGGCGCAAUACCGGACGCUCGUCGGCAAGUUGGCUCUGCUCGCGCCGGACGGUUCGCGCCUGCGCGUCCGCUCGCUGCGACCCGGCGCAGGCGCCGGCGAAUCCACCAUCAUCUUCUACGUGGAAGAUAAAGAUGGGAAACCGGUGGGUGCUGUUGAGGUGGUGCGCCAUCUGCGCAGGAAGCUGCGCGUCGACGCCGGUUUGCUGGGCGUCGCGGUGCGUCAGCUGCGCACCGUCGUUUGUCUGAACGAUUGUUCGGGGCACGGGGCGUGCGACGAGGCGACGAGGCGGUGCUCGUGCGAGGCGUUUUGGAUGCAGGAUUUGUGGAAGAGGUUUUGGGGCGAUUGGGACGAGGAGGAGUCGGAUUGCGGUUGGAGCGUGUUGUACGUGGUGGUGGGCGCCGCGUGCGGCGUGUCGGCGGCGGUGGGGGCGGCGUGGGGGGCGGUGCACGCGUGUUGUAGGUGGUGCGGUAGGAGGGGGGAGGCGACGAAGGCGAGUAGUUAUAGGUUGAUCGGGAAUUCGGAGGAUUCGGCGCAUUAUGGUUCGAAGAAAGGUCAUUUUUCCGAUAGCGAUACCGAUUCCGAUGUCGUGUUCGAAACCCGUCCGAAACCUCCACGUUAUUCGGACGUCCGAAACGGUCACAAGAACGGCAGAAAUGCCGUGGGAAAACAGGGAAGGCGAAUUAAAACUUAAUUGUCAUUUAAAAGGUUUUAGUUCUAGUCGAAUUUUUACCUAUAUUCACUUAAACGUCGCCGACACUUUUGGAACUCGAGCAGUUCGAUCGUUUUCGAAACAUGUUGAUACAUAUAUACAGGGUGGCACGUUAGUUUGGAAAAGCUCAAUUCAUCUGUUAUUAUACGGGGUGUCUCUGAAAGUGUGGGAAAUCUCUCGGAUCCAUAUAUAACAUAAAAAAAUAAGAUGAGAAGUUCCUAUAAAAAUUUUCCCUACAGGCCCUCCCUACGAAGAUAUGAGUCCCAGAAGGGCGCCACUGGAAAUAGGUUUUCCUUAAAUAUCUUCUAAAGUACUUGAUAUAAUUAAACAAAAAUCUAAUACGAUGGACACUACUGAGGGCCUCAAAAAUUAGUGUCCUUGAAACAUAUUUAGGUUUUUUAGUUUACCAGGGCCGGGCUAAGGCUAACACCUUAAUGCAUAAACAGUUCAUUUUAUCGACUAUUGAGAGGAGUA